GAUCAUUGUGGUCCUUUUCAACCCAGGCCGUUCUAUGAUUCUAUGAGGAAAAAGGGAAACACAUCUAAUGAUAAUCUUGGAAGAAUUGCUCAGUUACCAAAGAGUAAACCAGAGUAGAUUUUCCAGAGCCUGGUCUCUCCCCUUUUCAGUCCAGUUUGCUUUUAAAAUAAGAAUAAUAUUUUGAAGCAAAUUAGGUCUGACUGUGAAAUUUUAUGAUGUUUACCUGAUCUGAGUAUGAUAAAAUAACAAAGUUAUUCAGUGUCAGCUGUGCCAUUAGAAUUUUCCUGAAUUAACAAGGCUUUAAGGGUGCUUUUUCUAAAGUAACUGCAGAGUCUUCAGUGCCUUUCCCUUGAUUUCCUCCAAGUGGAAAAAUGGACUGAAUAAACACUGACCUGACCAUAUUUUACAAUUCUGGUUUCAAGGAAUGUGAGCCUUUUUUACUAGACUGUUUUCCCUGGCAGGGCUCCGUUUUCCUGAUAUGACAGAUUUUUAACUCAUUUUUGUUCAGAAAACAGGUUUUAUUGAUGAUGUGUGAUCUUCAGAAAGUAGCCUCAUUUUUAGCUGAAGUAGUUAAUUGUACCAAAGUCAGCUUAGCCAAAAGACCUGACAUCAGAGGCAGCCCUGAACACCUUUUAAGUUGUGCUUUUAUUAAAUAGCUGAAUACUUACUUUCCAUACAAAAAAAUAUAUUUUCUGUUUGUUAGUACAAAUUGUCUUAUGGUUAUUCAAACCCUAGAAAUUCAGUGGUGUAUGUUUUUUUUCCUUUUCAGUUUAUUAGAGGGAAAAGAAUUUGGCUUAUUUCACUGAUGAGUGAUAUGUUAAGGAAUCUCCACUAGAGGUCAGGAGUGAAAAGCAGUGCAUGGAUCUUUACCUAAGAUUGAAGUAAGCUGCAACAGUUUGUACAAAACUAAUAAAAUCCUCUCUAAUUAGAUUGUCUAGUGAUGAAUGAAAUAGCUUGUUCUAUGUAGAAUUGGUGACUGGAGCGGCACUUUCCAUAUGUUUGAUUCAAUAGCGAGAAUCAGAUGUCAGGAUCAAAGUGAUACAUUGGAUAUUAAUAACAUUGAUAUAGCUAUGAUGAAUCUUGAAUAUGAGACUGUCUUCAAAAUCUAGCUCAUUUCAAAUGAAUAGUACCAGACUUCUGAAUCUAAACUUGAUAGUUUUCACUUGCUGGUCUUUUUUUUUUUUUUUUUUUUCCCCAGACUGAGUGAUAAUGAGUAUUACUUCAUUAAUUAUUUACUGGCAAUGUUAUUUUGGGGCUUUGUUUAAAGCUAGGUUUUUUAAUUGCUUUAAGCACCAUGAUCACUAACAGUAGUGGGGAUUAGAUUGUGUCAGAAGGUAUCUGUACUUCCCUGGCACUAGUCAGAAAAGAAAGAAAUCUGCAUUAGAUUGGGAAAAACCUAUUUGGAUUCAAAGGAAAUAUGAAGACUUUCUGAAAAGAGCGAUUCCUUUGGUGUAGUUCACAAGCCUGCAGCCUUGCUGGCUUUUAAGGUUGAGGGCAGAUGUAUUCUCACUGACUACAAAGCUUAACUGCUUCAUUGGAGUAGAAAAUAACACUUGAUCCAAUGGGCCAUCCGCUUUUCGAGCUCAUGUGUUGUUGCUGAGGGCUUCCUUUGAUUCCACUGUUGUGAGCAACCACUUAUUCGCUGGCUCUUUCCUGUUACUGUCCAGAUACUGUAGGCAGGGAAUGUUCAGUAAGCCUUGAAGCAAUUGCUGGGCUAAUGGGAUUAUUAUUCUGGAGGAACACUACAGAGAGACAUCCAGUUAGAUUUUAGUUUGAGGUGGCACUAAGUUUAUAGCUUCAUAUAUAGCACUUAGUGUCACGUUGUGAUGUUGUAUUUUUCACACUGUGUCUUCCACUUAAAAUUUUACCAAAAAUUUUCCUAGAUGAGAGUUUUGUACCACGUACACCCAACUGAAAAAUCCUACAUCUGUGUAAGAAAAUGUUUGCACUUUGUGGUUUUUGCAUAUUGCAUUGUGCUUAACUUCUUCCUCCAAACUCCAGAGCAUGGAUACAAGGUUUUAACACGGUACAGUUUUGGUGCUCUGAGUGUUUACUUGUAAAUCUUAUUAGAAGAAAUCAUGGAAAUGAAAUCAUGUGCUUUUUCAAAAGAAGAACAGGUAUUUUCUUGUAGCAGACAUUCCUUGGUGAUACAAAUGUGUUUUUUCUCACGUUUGUUUAUUUAACUUCAUAUUAGUUUGGGAGCAUGCUAUCUGUCUAACAGAGAAGAAAGCAAAAUCCAAAAUGUCACGUGAUCAUCUUUCUAGUAUUUUACAUCUAACAGUCAGUAAGUUUUCCAGUUGUUCACCAGUUGCAGACAAGAUCUUUGUCAAUGUACACUUUUUCUUUCAGGUGAGAGGGGGAAAUGUCUUCGGUGUUUGCCUGAAUUAAGUUGCACUGUGGAUUUCUAUUAAAUUUCCCCUGGGCUUAGAUUAGGGAAAAAAAAUAUUGAAACGUGUCAGAGAUGUUUUCAGCAUGAAGGGCAUGCGUGCAAGACUUGUUUUGAAAAUAUGCCUUUGCUUUCCGCCUGUCUGAUCAUGACACUACACUCAAAAUCAUACAACCCCACAAGGCUGUAAUGGGCCAAAUCACUGUAAUCAAAUGUGGCAUUCCGUAUGUCUUACUCUGUGCAAGUAGGUCAAGUUUAACCCAUGUUCUUGGCUAGUGUUCUGAUUUCCCACAACCUGCUCCACGUGGCUCAUGCGUUGUGCUGGCAUACACAGCAUGCCAGGCGGGUCCGGGGCAGCUUCACAGGGAUGCUCAGCUUUUGGACCCAAAAAAGGAAUAGUAGUUUUCUUCUACUCUGAUUUUAUGGUAAUGGAGUCAUGUCAACAGGAAACUUCAAUUGUUUGAUCUACUGAAUCUUACACUGCUGGUUUUCCUAAUGAGUUAGGAAACAUUUGACCAAUGUGCUUCAAAAAGUUAAUAAAGACCGCUAAGAGGGGAAAAAAAAUUGCUGGUUUGUAACUGAGCUUUGUUCUGAAUGAGAGUAACAGAACUUGAUUCAGCUUGAAGGUCUGAACAGCUUCAGAAUAGUGAUGUAAGCUGUACUUAGGACUGGACUUUCUGAUGUUAUGAUUUCAAUGAGCGAAUUUCCUUCUUGAUAAUGUAAUCAUGGGUUUUGUUCCAGUGAUGCUGGAAUGAUUGUGGAUCAGAAGGUGUUAACGCCUGCAAAAGUCACCUCCAGUUCUAAGUCAGCUGUUUGGCAUUGCAGCAAAGCCAAACUGCAGGAUAGGAAGUGCAGUCAGUAGUGUCUGCUGUUGGCUUUUGCCUUCAUAUAGACUUCAGACUGCUCGAGUAUGCUUAAUGCACAAGAGAGGUCUGUUAAGAACUUUAUUACUAAGACAUGUAUGUACAGCUUUACAUCCCUUUGUAUUCUUCCAGCAUCUCAUCUUGUUGCUGUCAUAGUUCAAUUUACUCUCACUUUCAAUUGCUCUCCUGUUCUUAGAGAGAUGGUUCACUGAACAGUUGCCAUCAGGUAGAUCAGUUACAUCUUUUGCUUCAAUCUGCUUUAUAUCUUUUGUUUCAUAGUAGGCUUUAGUGUAUUGGUUAACCUUAUUCCUAGAGAAAAAAUGGUAUCUCAACAUAAGCAAACUUUUCUGGGAGAUGAAGGUCAGAAUGAAAGUACUUGUCUGGCAAAAUUGAGUCCCUGACCCCUUAACUCCAUUUUAGGAACCAGUAGGGAUUCAAUUAAAUGGGCUGUUCUGCAGUAGCUUUUCUGUAACCUUACUAACUUGCUCCAAUCUGACAUUCAAAAGUAAUGUUACCCAGUGUUUAUACCCCGUGUAUGACCCUUUAAACUGUUGUGAGACUGGUUAAUAGCAAAAUAAAGGCAGAACUACACAGAGGAACUCCUAUGAGGUAUUGAAAAUAUUUUUGUGAAUGUGCAGAUGUUGCAGCUGAUAAACUGAAAUGUGCCAAUAAUUUGUAAUUUUAGGUGUACCUUAAGUUCUCCAUAGGCUCUUAAUACCCUUUACUUUUAUUUGCUACGUUUCUGUUAACAUUGGAAUUAUGAUGCUUAAGGCACUGUUUGAGAUUUGGCUCUUGAGUCUGAAUCUACAGGUUCAGCUGGCCUUAGGCAACUUGUAUUUCUGCUGCUGUACUGCCCUUGUUGAAAGUGUUAAAGAAUGUCUUCAUUUCAGCAUUUUCUAUAUCAUGGACGUCCUUGUUGAGGUGUGGGCCAAGUGACUCUUUCAGUCCUUUGUUUCAGAAUAUGCUUGUGAGAUAUAAAAAAAACUGAUUCUCUGCUUUCUGGUACUGCUUGUUUAUGUACUGUUGGCACAGAGCUGCUUGUAAGCUUUGGAAUAGAAAGCUGUAGAAAAGCACUUGUUUUGGUAAUUUAUUUUUAAGAUGAGUCUCAAUUGAACAUCCUAACCUGAAACUUCCUUAAAUAAAGGCUGAGAGAUCUGAUCAGACUUCUGAAUGAAGUUAAAUAAUUUGGAAACAGGACUUUGCUUUUCUGACAUUUCAAGGGAGACAUUGAAUGCACAAAAAGGAGCGCAUGCGGUGAUUAACUUCUAUAAGCAGAAACCACUGUAAUCAGAGGUGCUUUCCUACAAAUCUAGAUUUGUACUUUUUACUUGGUCAUUCUGCAGAAGUUGUUAGAUUAACAUUACUAAUUUGGCCCUGAGUUAUUUUCAGAAAUCUGGGGUUAGUUGCUGUUGAUUCUCUAGCUUUUGAUCCUAAAAAGUCGAUCACUUUCUGAUGGUUUAGUUUUUCUUCUACACUGGUUGCAUUUUCUUAAGGAACUGAAGAAAUCUGGCAGCACAAGUUGAAAAGCCUUGGUCUGCCAAAUAUUUUGUUUAGGUAUCACAUUGCUUUUUUUUUUCCUCAUAAACUCACAAUUCUUACAUAUUGCUUCCCUCCAAGUAACCAUCACUUUCAAAGCAGAAGACAAAGAGAAGACACUGAUCGACUGACAUAAUAAGACUAAUUUGAAGCUUGAUUUUUAGAUCUUAUGCUGAGUCCAAAUGUUUGACUAAUGACUUAUUCUUAAAAGUUUUUAAAUCAGUAAUACCUUGAGUUUGUCUUGCAGCAGUACUUCGCUAAAUUCCUGAUAUUCCAGGGUUCUGAUUUUAAGUAUUUUUAGCUUCUGUAAGACCUGGAGAGUCGUUGAAAAGGCUGCCUCUUCAUGAAGUGUUAUUUUCAUUGUCCUGCUGAAAGUAUUUAUUUAUUUUGAAAACUUACUCGUGUUUGAAAACGUCUUAUCUGACCUAGAUUAAUCUAAUGACUGUUUAAUUUUCAUUCUACUUUUCAUUUCUUUUUAGCUGCAAUGUGACAGCAAACAUAAAUAAGAACAACUGUUGCAACCUGUCUCUUUUUUUUUUUUUUUUUGAAAGCAUUCAACUUGUAUUGGACUUGUAACUUUACCUCAUUUGAUGGGAAGAACUGUUCAUUGGCCACAGAUAACUACUACUGAGACACUUCCCAAUUUUGUUUUGAAUGAUGAGGAGAGAGUCAAAAUCAGGCUUAAAACAGCACCAGUCCUUUUGAGGUCAUUGUUUUCCUAAGUACCAAUGGCUGUAGGUUGCAGCAGAACAGUUGGUUAUCAUAGGUAGCAUAAUUCUUAAGCUAAGAAGGAGAUGGCAAUUCAGAACUUCAUUUUUGUCGAAACAAUUACUUUUCAUAUUUUCAAUAAUCAAUGAGAAGAAGAGAAGAAAUGCACUGUUUAGUGCACAUCCACUACUUCCUGCCAGAAGGUGAUGGAUCUGCAGUGUGCAAACCUGGAUGGAAGCCCCGCUCCAGCUAACCCAGGCGUGUACUGAAAAUAGGAAAUGGUUAUUGGAACUAAAUUAUUUUGCCAUUUUUAUUUUUAGGUUUGCUGGCAUGGGUAAUCUCAUUAAGGUGCUAACCAGGGACAUAGACCACAAUGCAGCACAUUUUUUCUUGGAUUUUGAAAAUGCCCAACCUACAGAAUCUGAAAAGGAAAUUUAUAAUCAGGUGAAUGUAGUGUUAAAGGAUGCAGAAGGAAUACUGGAAGACUUGCAGUCAUAUAGAGGAGCUGGCCAUGAAAUACGAGAGGCAAUACAGCAUCCCAAUGAUGAGAAACUGCAAGAGAAGGCAUGGGGUGCAGUUGUUCCAUUAGUAGGCAAACUAAAGAAAUUCUAUGAAUUUUCUCAAAGACUAGAGGCAGGAUUGAGAGGUCUGUUGGGAGCCCUGACAAGCACUCCAUAUUCACCAACACAACACCUGGAGCGAGAGCAGGCUCUUGCUAAGCAGUUUGCAGAAAUUCUUCACUUUACCCUCCGAUUUGAUGAGCUCAAGAUGACAAAUCCUGCUAUACAGAAUGACUUCAGCUACUACAGAAGAACUCUGAGCCGUAUGAGGAUUAAUAAUGUCCCAGCAGAAGGAGAAAAUGAAGUAAAUAAUGAGUUGGCAAACAGAAUGUCUUUAUUUUAUGCUGAAGCAACGCCAAUGUUGAAAACCUUAAGUGAUGCUACAACAAAAUUUGUGUCAGAGAAUAAAAAUUUACCAAUAGAGAAUACUACAGAUUGUUUAAGCACCAUGGCUAGUGUGUGUAGGGUCAUGCUGGAAACCCCUGAAUAUAGAAGCAGGUUUACAAAUGAGGAAACAGUAUCAUUCUGUCUGAGGGUAAUGGUGGGUGUCAUCAUACUCUAUGACCAUGUGCAUCCGGUGGGCGCUUUUGCCAAAACUUCUAAAAUUGAUAUGAAAGGAUGCAUCAAAGUUCUUAAAGACCAGCCUCCUAACAGUGUAGAAGGCCUUCUAAAUGCUCUCAGGUACACAACAAAGCAUUUGAAUGAUGAGACUACCUCCAAGCAAAUUAAAUCCAUGUUGCAAUAACAAUUACCUGGAACUCGCACCUGCUGUAGACAGACAGUAUUCUGCAAUGACUGAGAUGCACAGAUUUUUUUUUUAGUGAUUGCAACUACUAUCUCAUUCAUUCUUGCUUUGUAUUUUUUUUUCUCUCUUCCUGUUUUACCUUUUUUUUUUUUUUUAAUCACUUUCUUGUUCUUAAGUAAGCUCAGACUUCUUUUCUGUGCCAAAUCAAAAAUUAAAAUUCUGGAAAGUUUCUACAUUUCAGAAUAGCCAUUCUAAGUGGCAGCUAAUUAUGCGUUGUAUUUGGAUUUCUCUGUACUGGGGAAAGAUUUGUGACUUGAACUAAAUAUUUUUAAACUUGUGGUUUUUUCUUUUUUUGAAAAACUAAUAUUUAAUAUUGCUUCUUCUGCAUGGCAAGACUGCCUACUUCUGCUAUUUAAAAAUCCCUUGAUGACUUCAUUUUCUAUUGCAGCUUAUUUUCAUGUUGAACCAUGAGGAAACUAAAAGCAGAUUUGUUUAAAUUAACUGUGUUUGUACAAAAUGGUACCCAACACAAAGGUUUUUUUAAAUGAGUAAAAACUGUUUUGUUUAAAAGUUACGUUUGCAUUUUGACUCAUUUUUGUAAGGAUGUAUGUUGUAUGUUUAACCUUUAAUAACUAACGUUAAACUGUGGUGUGUGCGUAGCAAAAUUACGUAUGCAUGUUCAUGUCAAAUGAUUGGCUGUGGAUAAGAUAAUAAAAUCAGCUUUCAUUUUUCUAA